GCUUUCCACCGGAAGGAGGCUCGCAGAGGCGGGGGAGGAGCGCCAAAGGAAUUGUGGGAGAAACGGUUCUUCCUUUCCGUUUGGCGGCAGCCAUCAGGUGAGCCGAGAUGGGCGCUUACAAGUACAUCCAGGAGCUGUGGAGGAAGAAGCAGUCGGACGUGAUGCGCUUUCUGCUCAGGGUGCGCUGCUGGCAGUACCGCCAGCUCUCGGCGCUGCACCGGGCCCCGCGCCCCACCCGGCCCGACAAGGCGCGCAGGUUGGGCUACAAGGCCAAGCAAGGCUAUGUGAUAUAUCGGGUUCGCGUGCGCCGCGGUGGCCGCAAACGCCCGGUCCCGAAGGGCGCCACCUACGGCAAGCCCGUCCACCAUGGCGUCAACCAGCUCAAGUUUGCCCGGAGCCUUCAGUCUGUUGCCGAGGAGCGAGCGGGACGCCACUGUGGGGCCCUGAGGGUCCUGAAUUCUUACUGGGUGGGUGAAGAUUCUACGUACAAAUUUUUUGAGGUUAUCCUCAUUGAUCCCUUCCAUAAAGCUAUCAGAAGAAACCCUGACACCCAGUGGAUCACCAAACCAGUCCACAAGCACAGGGAGAUGCGGGGGCUGACGUCUGCAGGCAGGAAGAGCCGCGGCCUCGGCAAGGGCCACAAGUUCCACCACACAAUCGGUGGUUCUCGCCGCGCAGCCUGGAGAAGGCGCAAUACUCUCCAGCUCCACCGCUACCGCUAAUAUAAGUAAUGUUUGUAAAAUUCUAAUAAACAGUUUAGGACAUCCUCGUCUGCUUAAAAGUGUUUUUUAAUCUGUCUGUUAAAACUAGUCUGCAGGUUGCUUCACUGAAUGCAUUGUCAAAUUCUGAAAGUUAAAGUGCAAUAAUGUUUGAACAUUUUAAGUGAUGGUGUAUCUUGUUUCUAAUAAGGGAAAUGCCUUUUGUUUUUUCUUUAUUAGACAGUUGAUAUGUCCGUGUUUAAAAUGCUGUCUGGUAACAAUAGGUGUAAAAUUCUGUAAAAGGAGCACAGCAACUAGCCAUGUAGAUUUGUUGGUGCAUGUGAUGAAACCUACAGCUUUAUUGGGGUGAUGCAAUGCUCUGCUGGUUUACUGUAAAGUGGCUGUUUUAUGGAGUUUGGCAAGGACAGACUUUAAAUUGGGUUUUCCUUGGAAAUGUGAAGGAUGUCGUGAUUCUUUAUCAUGAUCAUAAUGCCGAAAAAGUUGACUAGGGCCCACGUUUUUAGACUUAAUUUGCUGUUCCAUAUAUGUAACUGCUGCUGCCAAAAGGCGGAAGGUAAAGGAAUGCCACCAUUUUUUAAGAUAAUUGAAUAAACCUGUUGCAAGAUGUUUCUCUUACAAAUUGAAACAAAUCCUGGUUAGCCUAAAUUAAAUUGCCUUGGCCUCGAUGGUACCACUGAAGUUCCCAUAAAAGGUGGGAGCUCCUGGUUCAAUCCCGUGACUGAUCUGUAGAACACUUAACUUCAUGCAAUAUAGUCAUGGUAUUUACACUAGUGUAUAUUGAAACUGGUGGAAAUUGAACAUUGGGUAAAUGAGGAGGGAGUUUUUAACCCUAAGGUUUGUAAGCUAGUGAUUCUAGGAUUGGGAAAUUGGUGUUCAUCAGGUCCCUUUCAAGUGCAGGAGGAUAGAAGGGGCUUGGAUCAAAAUUUUAAAUGUUUUACUUGUAGUAUUAGUUUGUGACCCAUUAUGAAAUCUAAGCCACCUUGGGGAAAAUAGGGUUGGUUUUAUUUAAAAGUAACAUUGCUAAGUCUAAUCAGUGUUAUCUUGGGUCAAGCCACUUUAUCCGUUCCCAUAAGGCUACUAAGAUGAGUCGUGUAGUUGGUGUCAGUACAAGUUCAAUUGGUUUCCGA